CUCACUGUGGAUAGGCUGUUACACGCAUGUACCAUCCGGGUAGUGCAAUUCAAUCUCUCUGGGUAUUUUACAUAGGGGAGAGUGAGGGGAACGUUUUAUCCAACAUGACGGUAAAUAGAAAAGAUGGAGUGACGAUUGUAAACCAUGGGAGACAUUCUUUCAAACGAGUCCACACCUGGGAGCUGAGCUGAUGCUCAUGAAGUGAUCGGAUCGCCAUAAGAGGAGGGACAAGAGAAGACGAUGGGGCUCACAGAAAGGUGUCACAUGAAGUUUCGAUUACAAUCCAGACUCACUAACUAGUAAGGCCUUUUUUACACCUCCAUCCUUAGCAUCAAACAUUCUAUAGGGCUCAUGUAAUCGAUACCUUUGUGAGUUGCUAUGCUCGCAGACUAUAGGGUAUUGACUGAAUUCCAGAGGCGAGCAUUCACAGCAUGUUCUCUGUGUUUCCUGUCGAAGUUAAGAAGGUAUCGUUUAUAAGCUUGCAAAAUGUCACUAGUAAAAGUUAACAGUCGACCCAGCGGUAACAAGGUGCAGUGUCACUAUCCCCUCUCUCUUGGGCAGUUCACUACAGGUCUUGAAUGGAUGAAGACACAUGGAAAACAUCAUGUUGGGUCAUCACAACAACCUUGGAUUGUGGAGAAAUAAGAAGCGAUGGCGGUCGUUCAUUACAGUGAAGCGGAUUGGCAAACUGUUACAGCAACAUUCCAUACAUUUCCCCAGAAUAUGUCGUUGACCAACACAAAGACCGGCUUUUCUGUAAAGGACAUUCUGGACCUCCCUGACACCAAUGAUGAAGAAGGAUCUAUCACUGGACCGGAGGAAGAUAAUGAGGGAUCGGAGACGACAAAAAAUACUGGAGUUUUGGUGCAAAGUCCGUUAGAAAAUGUUCAAAAUCUGCCUAUAAAGAACCCCUUUUAUGAUAGUAGUGACAAUCCUUACACAAGAUGGCUUGCAACCACGGACAGCAUCCAAUACUCACUGCAUGGUCUUUCAGCUAGUUCCCAAGACUCAGCCAAAUCCCCGGAACCCUCCGCAGACGAAUCGCCAGAUAAUGACAAGGAAACUUCAAGCAACGGCAGCGACUCCGGUAAGAAGCGAAAAAGAAGAGUGCUGUUUUCCAAGGCACAGACGUACGAACUUGAGCGUCGGUUUAGGCAACAGAGAUACCUUUCCGCACCAGAGAGAGAACACCUCGCGAGUUUGAUUCGCCUGACACCAACUCAAGUGAAAAUUUGGUUCCAGAAUCAUCGGUACAAAAUGAAGAGAGCGCGCGCUGAAAAAGGUAUGGAAGUGACCCAUCUCCCCUCUCCCCGGCGGGUGGCCGUGCCUGUCUUAGUCAGGGAUGGAAAGCCUUGUCAUACUCUUAAAGCUCAGGACUUGGCGGCCACUUUUCAGGCUGGAUUCCCCCUCUCGGCGUAUAGUGCCCAGACCCUUCAUCAAAUGCAAUAUAAUGCUCAGUACUGCGCCGCCACCACGCCACAAUUCCCUUCAGCACAUCACUUGGUGCAAACGCAACAGUGGACUUGGUGAACUAUAGUAGAGACUGGCGGGGCUGCCUUGUAGGAGCACGAUAGGGAGUCCACUACAAAAUAAAGACUUUUCCUUUUUGCAGCUUGACCCAUAUCUCCCAUUUUUUUCGGGGCUAAUGUGUGCGCCGUGUUUACAUGUUUUCGUUAAGAGAACUGGGUCCAGCCUCUCCCUAGAUUUAAGAAUGUCAAUGCUCUUGUGAAAUUUUGUAAAGUAUGUUUGUGUGUUGUAGAGAUGUUUUCUUUUUGUCCUUCGUGUUAUAAGCACGUACAAAACCACUUUAUAAUUAUAGAAGAUUUUAUUUCUUGCUUAUUUUACAAUGGACCGAAAAUAUUUAUGGCCAUGAAUAAACAAUGGCAACUUUUAGCUUUUUUCCCUUUGUUUUUGUUUUUGUAAAUACUUGUGGUAAUUGUUUGCAACCCAGAAACAUUUCAGGAUCGUAUAAGUGGAGAUAUACAUAUUUCCAGUUCAAAAAAAGAAAUAAGGAUUUGUAGCGAAAAUGUCAUGACUGUCGAAACAGAUCCUAUAUGAUUUUUGUGAAUAACAGGCUUAAAUCGCGCGCUGAUCGGGAAAUAUCCCGAUUUUUUAUAAGGAUUUUAAUAAAAUGCUGUGUUACAGAAAUUAAGUUUUGUUUUGCCUGUCUUAACUUUACGUCCUACUGGAUAUAGGCCCAGAGAACAUAUAAGCUAAUGAUAAGAUGCACGGCAGCCUACGUGUUGCGUAAAGUGGCACUGAAAAGGGGUGAAUUUAUCUUUCGCGCACUUCAAUUCUUUGGGUGGGUUUUAGCCUAAAUUAAUCCGUGCACAUUUUCUGAAUUCGGACACGUCGGUAAUAAGGAGGCUGAAGUCACUUGUGAAAUGGGGCUAAAAUCCACUCACUUAAUAUAAGAGGGCUUCUUCAGCUAAGAAGCUUUUGAGUCAAAAGCUCUCCUUUUCAAGGUCCCGAACUGCUUUCGGACUGGGAUGUGAAGUGGUAUAUUUAAAAAAUGGAUUUAAUGCAAAUACGUUUUGAUUAAACGCACGUUUUAAUGCAAGUUAUUAUUGUUAAAAAUAUAUAUAUAAAAAUCGGCCACGUCACGUAGUCUUCAACACCACUUACUAAGUUAUCCUGCUAUGCCUUCGCUUUUUGUGUGUGAAGGCUUAUCGAUUGAAGGGCUGUGGAUGUUGGCUGUGUUCAUUGAGUUAUUUUAAAAGAGUGUACCUGUAGCAUAGUGCGGUAGACAAAAUGGGUACCAAGUAACGCACAGAGCGCAUUGCAGACCAAUUCUGUAUCUUGGGUAAAUAUGAUUACCAUUGGAAAAAUCUUAACUGCAUUGUGUUUAUCCCAGCAACUAAAUCUUAUGGAACAGAUGUUAGAGUCGCCUUCACUAUCAUUAAACAAACAGCGAAAUUGACACGAAUUGCUAAUUAUUUACAGAAUUCUAUCUCAAGGGGCCACCGCUUUUCGUCCAGGCUACAAGUCUCAAUUUGUUUUCUUCAGAGAGGCUAUUGUUAACAUUAGCAAGGGGUGUUGGUGACAUUCCAUAAUAUUUGUUCGUUGCUCUAAAAUAAAUUAUUAAUGAUGUAGGCCUAUUAUAUUGUU